CGCGAAUUGUAACUAAAAAUGGCCGACCAGCUGCUACAGGAAAAUAUUGGACACUUGUGAACAAGGAAGAGUACUCCUGACCGUUUCUUGGAUAAUAGCUGAUGAGGGAAUAACAAGUCUGUGCAGUUCUGUACUGCGGCCUGCGUGGCGUGAGGGUUUGUCGGAGGGCGGCUGUGUGCGGACGUCCUGGAGUAGUGUCUGUUUGUGGCAGGCCGCCGCUGGGGGGAGCCGGGGGUAGACGCCACCACCACUACAAGCACCACUACCUACACAACCACCUUCACCGUCCACACUCGUCCUUCACUCCUCUGGCGUCGCGGACGGCGUGUCCUCACGGCGCGAGGCCAGUGGGCGGAGCCAGGACGGCCGGGGGGCGGGGCUCAGGGGGCGGGGCCAGGCCAGCAUGAUGAAAAAGCUGAAGCGCCGUCUGUCGUUGACCCUGAACAAGCGGGGCCGCAACUACGACGACAGCCUCUCGGAGCUGGCGGAGCAGAUCACCAUCGAUGACGUGGCGGCACUCAGCGAGCAGCAGCAGCAACAACAACAGCAACAACAACAACAGCAGCAGCAACAGCAACAGCUACAAGGACAACAGCGGCAAGAUCAACAACAUCAACAGCAACAGCAGCAGCAGCAACAACAGCAAGAAGAUGGCGGCGGGAAGCUGUCGGAGCCAGUAGCAGAUGACGGAAGCCAGGAGGUGUUCAGGAGGUCCCCGGCCCGCCAGGCUCAGUCGUCCCACCCGCACUCGGCACAGCAGCAAAGGCACCCGCUGGACUGGCACCUCACUCAGCGGGCACGCGCAGACCAGGGCAGCUCGGGCUCUCUCCACCAGCACGUCUUGUCAUCGCGCACACGACAGAACGGUGAGUGAUUGAUGCUGUGUACUCACAAAUGUACUGUAUACGUACACAACCAAACAGACAUUCACGCACGCAUACACACUCAUACGGGUAUAAAUGAUGUUCACAACUAAACAGACAUUCACACAUACAGAUAUACAUGAUGUUCUCAACUAAACAGACAUUCACACACACAGAUAUACAUGAUGU